CAUGUUGUGAGAGCCUCAAAAGCGUUCUAACAACCGCCACGUUCGGUCGCGAUCUUCGGUUUGUAGUGGCCAACUGCUUGGCUUAUCGGUUCUACGUGCGAAUCUCACGUAGCAGAUAAGGGAUUUUCCCACAACUAAAGCGUCCUCAGCAUAAUGAUAUCCGCCGAAUUACAUGGUUCCUAUGGAGGCCUCUACUUUGGCUUCUGCACACUGAUCUCGCAUGUGCUUCUGGCGGGGAUCACCGCAGCCAUUGUUUACAAGUGCCUGGUGCUCAAACUCGUGCACACCGCCGGACAUGCCUUCUACUGCACGAUCGCCUUUGUCUUUUUCAUGGGUGAGGCACUGUUGGUUCGGAACAGCACAUAUCUGGAGUCCUCUUUGGGGCCUUUGAACCUCAACCGCCUGCACGCCAUCCUGGGGCUUUUGGCGUUUCUGGUCGGAGUCGGCGGAAUCGGAAUCAAGACAUGGCAGAAGCUAGAGCGCAAACGGGAAGAUCCCAAUGCCACUGUUCGCCACUUUAAGAGCAACCAUGCUUUUUACGGUAUAAUCGGCUGUGCUCUUCUGCUGGGUAGCGUUUUGAGCGGUCUUCCGCUGUAUUUCAUCAACGGUGGCUUUGCCUUAAAAAUGCUUCAUCGAUUUUUCGGAUUGGUCGGAUUCCUCGCUCUAAUGGUAUCUCAAAUGUUCGGAUAUAACACGGGUUUCGGCCGGCGACAGUGGAAGGCACACCACCAAAAGCUGUUCAAAUUUUUUACAUUUAUUGCCACCCUUACGACAGCAAAUUACGAAUUUCGACGAUUUGUACGAGAUGUUGCUGGUUUGGCGACUAAUUAUUUCAUUGCACCAGAUGCACCAGAAGCCAGAGAAGAUCUUUGAGGCUCUUUCAACAACCGAGUUGUAUCACAGUGGUUCCGAAUCCAAUCCCGAAACACAGUAUUGUGGAUUUUCGUAUCACUCAAAAAUAAUUCAAGUGCGAUGCAGAUCAGAGCUCUGAAGUUUGUCAAUAAAAAGUACACAACUGAAUUAUACUAUACGUAUAAACAUAUCGUA